GGAACGCAGACAGGGAACAGAGCCCUCCAGACGCUUCAUCAUGGACCUGAACACCGGCCUCGUCAAGGAACACGUCAGUGAGAUGGACAGGAGAGUGGCACCAGUGUACACUCCUUCCUCUGUGGAUGAGUWCAGACAKGGAACCGAGAACUCCCAGAAGACUCUGGUGGAGAUCAGGAGCGGACGCAUCAUCAGGCCUGUUGGAGAGAUGGAGAGAAAGAGCAUGAAACUGACACCUCAGGAUGACAGGCUGGUGAGUGCUAAGGCUGAGACUCACUCAGAGAAAGAGUGUGUUGGUGAGGUCAUCGAUGGCCACUGCUAUCAGUUCAACCCCACACUAAUGACCUUCAGUGAGGCAGAGUCCUCCUGCAGCAUUCUCUCCCCUCACGGACACCUGGCCUCCGUAACCAACGGCGACCUGCACUCCCGCCUGGUCUCCCUGGUGACCAGGGCCACCAAGAGUCCCGUCCUCACCUGGCUGGGUGGAGUCGUGAAGGAUAAGCAGUUAGAGUGGACCGACGGGUCAGCCUGGGGCUACAGUGACUGGAUGCCCGGUCACCCAGACACCCAGACAGACAAGCAGGCUUGUCUGGAGAUGUUCAGAAUUGAUGAGAGCUGGUGGACAGCAGUGGACUGUGAACUGAAGAGAGCUUCCAUCUGCUCCUUCCCCAUGGCAGCAUAAGAGGCCUGCACUAACUGUAGAAUUAGAAUAAGUAGAAUGGACAUUACAAUGCACUAUGAAAGGGACUGGUCACUCGAUGGCAAGUUGCAACAUACAUAGAAGGCAACAAAACCUGAUGGAGACAAACACAAUAGAAAAGUUUAAUUACCCCCCCCCAUUGGUAGUGAUAUCAGGUCUCACCAGUAACCAAGUGAUGUCAACACAUGAAGUGUUCUAUUGAAGUGUUCUAUUCUGUCACCCUCUUGAGUGACAUAAAAAAACAAGGAUUUAAAAAAAAUAUCCAUUCUACACAUUCUGUUUCCAUGCAGUAAUCCUGUGAACCAUAAAUCAUCUGCAUCCUGUUUGUAUUAAGUUGUAUGUCCUCCCUUCUUAAAAUAAAAACGGAGCAUUUUA